UCAGCCCUUGCCCUCUUUCAUAGCCUGAGCGGCACAGCACUGAGCGGUCUUUGACAGCAGCGCCGCCUUUGAUUGGUUGCCUUGCUGUCACUCCAGAAUUCCUGUAUUGCAAUUGGCCGGCGCAAUAAACCCCGCUUCCGGUUCCUGUAUGGGGGUCUACUUGCAACAACAAUACAGAAAGAUCGCCGGAGAUAGCGGGUCUGUCCUAGCGACGUGAGAGCUUCCAUACCCUGUGCCUCCCUGUACGUUAUAGUAUAGGGUGAUCGCAGCUCUCCGUGUGUGAUACAUUUAUACUCCUGACUGCUCCUGUGCGUGCCCCAGGGGAACUCUACAUCUAGGAGCAGUCACACACCUAAGGACUGGAAACUUGUUACAUGUAUGUGACACACAUGACGAGCAAUGGCUGUAUGCGGUUCUAGAGAGUGACAGGCGUGGAGAGCGAGCCCAGGACUCUGCACCCCUGGCAGAGCUGCCCAGUCCCAGUGCCACCUAGAGGAGUGUCUACGGCCAGCAGGACUUCUAAUAUGGUCGAUUACGGCUGGAAUUCAGGAGUCAGUCUGGCAAAACCAGGAGCCCAACAUGUAUCUUUCAAGGUGUCAGGGAAACUUACAACUUUCCCUGUGCAUGCCUGUAACUGGCAUACUUCUUCCCAGAGCCGGCUGCAUUAAGGGGCCUGCAGUCAGCAUAAUGGAUCACAGAACCACUUGCAACUCUACAUACUAUAUGAAAACAAGGACUAGUCUGGAUUCUCUCACAUUAUAGAUAGGGUGCAUGAGGACAAGGAACUUUACCUUGCUCCUAGUGAGGCAGAGUUCUCGAAAUUCAAAUGACCACGGUGGCCUUAGCAGGUGGAAAUGCCUCAUUGCUUUGCCUAUGGCUGCACAAACCACAGUGGGAAGCUACCCAUGGCAGUCUGCAUGCACUCCUUUCCCAAGGAGCUGCCCUUGGCAGAGACCUGGGUACAUCACAGCCGCACCGACGUGGGCGACGUGCAGGAGUUUGUACGGGACACUCUAAUGAAGAACCCGGGGCACUUUGUACUGUGUUCAGAGCACUUUGAAGAGGAGAUGUUUGAGCUGAUUGGAGACUCACCUCUUAUCCCCUUCGAACCUAACCACAAACGGACAAGGCGAAAAUUAAAGGUGAACGCGGUGCCCACACUCUUUGCCACUGGCGCUCACAAGCUGCGCAAACAAGCUGCUCAUCACUUGAAAAUACACGAAAGAAAGCAGCUCUUAGACAAUCUUCUUGAGCAGCAGAAGCGACCCAAGUUAGAAUCUGAGCAGACCACCAGCCCAUCCACCUCCCGGGACUCUGCAAAGGAAAUGGAGGAUGAUGGAUUAAAUGACCGUCCAAGAAAACCCCAGCUGUGGAGAAGACAACUGCUUCCUCUGAAGUCCCAGUUCCUGAAGGAAAGCUUCAGCCCUGUCCCCAGAGCGCUGCAGAGAAAGACUCCAGCCACUCUAAGCCGGAUAGCUGUUUAUUUCUCAGACGAAGAGUGGGAAAUGCUGGAGGAAUGGCAAAGAGAGCUCUACAAGAACAUGAUGAAAGAGAACUAUGAAGCCUUAAUAUCACUUGGUUACCCUACAGUCAAUCCGAAUAUAUUACUGAAGAUCAAGCAGGAAGAAGUUCUGCGCUACACAGCUCAUUGUUCUUCAGAUGACCUGAUGCAGCCAGACAGUCCCACUGCUGGUUAUACUGGUGUGGACCAAAAUGUUCUAUCGAGAUUAAAAUAUGAUGAUCUACAGGGUGGCGCAGAAUCUGAAGAAGAACAAAAUAGCUAUCUUAACUCAUACAAUAUCCCUCUAGACACCAGCAUGGAAGAAGAGAACGCAGACAAAUGGGACGGCCACCUGAGUCUUCAGGAGCCUGUUUCUAUGACGUAUGAUCUCUCACAGUGUUUUGGUAAAAGUAUAAAUGGAGAAUUAUAUCCUGCAUCCAAAUGGAAGGCAAGACAUGUGUCGGCCAAUGGGUUUGCUACACCUAAUUCCGAUGAAAGAGCUUUAAGCCCCAUCAGAGCAGUACAUCAAAUAGACAGUCCGUAUAGCUGGUUCUUUUGUGAAAAAAACUUCUCCCACACUCCCCUGGCACCCAGACAGGGGAAGCCCCUAGAGCUAAGACCAUUCAAAUGCUCCGAGUGCGAUAAAAGCUUUACCGUUAAAUCUAACUUGAUUAAACAUCACCGUAUUCACACGGGGGAAAGACCUUACAAGUGCACGCAUUGUUCCAAAAGCUUCAGCCGCAACUCGCACUUGAUCACCCACCAGCGAACACAUACAGGGGAAAGGCCUUAUAAGUGCAACGAGUGUGACAAAAGUUUUAUCCAAAAUUCCGUGCUGAUCCAGCACCAAAGGAUCCACACUGGAGAGAGACCCUUUAGAUGUGACGAAUGCAAGAAAAGCUUCAGCCAGAAGUCCUGUCUCAUCCGUCAUCAGAGAACUCACACCAGAUAAAGUGUUAAAGAAUAAAAAAAUUGGCAAGAUUGCAAAGUG